AUGUCUGCCAUGUCGCAACUUUGGACCUUCUCCCUGGGCACCGCUGUGGGCGUGGGUGUGGCGACCGCCCUGUUCUGGGCGCGCUCCGGGACGAGCCGCCCCAACGGCUUCGAGAAGCUCCAAGCGCCGGACGCCCCGGCGGAGCCGGUGCCGGACGGGGAGGCGGCCACCGCGGAGGAGGCGAAGCCGGUGGCGCCGGAGGACCGGCCGGCGGAUGCGCCAGAAAGCUGCCCCGGCGUGAGCAGUGAGAACGCAGGGAAGGCUUCCUCCUGCGCCGGUUGCCCCAAUCAGUCCGUGUGUGCCUCGGGAGAGGCCAAGAAGAAGGACCCGGCCUUGGCAGAUGUGCAGGAUCGGCUUAGCCAGGUGAAGAGAAAGAUUUUGGUCUUGUCAGGCAAAGGAGGGGUUGGAAAGAGCACCAUCAGCGCGCAGCUCUCCUUUGGUUUCUCCGCGCGGAGCAUGGAUGUUGGGCUUCUGGACGUGGACAUCUGUGGCCCCUCAGUGCCGCGCAUGCUGGGCCUGCUGGGCCAGGAUGUGCACCAGAGCAGCGAGGGGUGGUCGCCCAUCUAUGUGGAUGACCACUUGGCGGUGAUGUCAAUUGGCUUCAUGUUGCCCAACCAGGAUGAUGCCAUCAUUUGGCGCGGCCCCCGGAAGAACGGCCUGAUUAAGCAGUUCUUGACGGAUGUGACCUGGGGCGAGUUAGACGCUCUCAUUAUCGAUACUCCACCAGGCACCUCUGAUGAGCACCUGUCCAUCGUGACCUACCUACAGGAUGCCAAGAUUGAUGGCGCCAUCAUUGUGACCACGCCCCAGGAGGUGAGCUUAAUGGAUGUGCGAAAGGAGAUCAACUUCUGCCGUCGAGUGAGCUUGCCCGUGCUGGGCGUGGUCGAGAACAUGAGUGGCUAUGCCUGCCCGUCUUGUGGACAUACCGAGCGCAUUUUCUCGCCCUCCACGGGGGGAGCUUUAGCCAUGUGCCAGCAGAUGGAGGUGCCGUUCCUGGGCUCAGUGCCGUUGGACGGCCGGGUGGCUGCGGCGGGGGACCAGGGAUUGCCGCUCUCCCAACUCCAUCCGGAUGGGCCGGUGGCCAAGUGCAUCGACAAGGUCAUCGACGCCAUUUUGCAGCAAACGGACAAGAAGUGA